AUGGUGGUUUACUUUACGGCAGAGGAUGUGGUCACGGAGGCGAUGCCCGGUGACGUCAUCAUGGAGGUCGCCGGGCGCUGCGGCAUCACCAUCCCUGGCGGCUGCUACAGCGGCAACUGCGGCAUAUGCGAGGUGGAAGUUCGCAAGUUUGCGGACGGCCAGGACGGCGGCAGCAGCGGAAGCGGAAGCAGCAGCGGCGGCGGCGGCGGCGCGGUGGUGCGGUCGUGCAUCGCUCGGCUGCCCCCUGGCUACGCGCGCGUGGAAAUCGAUGCCCUACAGGACGACCAGAUAUGGGGGCUGGACGGGUUCGACACGUGA